UAGAUAUGAAAAUAUUUUUAGCUUAAUUUAUUGGACGAAACGGAAAAGUCAAUACUCAAUAUGUCGGCAAGUAAUGAAAUGUGUUUGUCAACAUUCGAUCGAUUCUUGUUUUAAUUGCUUUUGAAAUGUUAAAUUGCCCCGCGAUGUGAUUUAUUCGAAAAACAAACUAAAUCUAUUUAAAAAUACUUUAUGAGUGCGGGUUAUUUUGUUCUGCUUGUUGAAAAAAAUUAUUAGCUUAAUUAAAAUAGUACAAAUGUUUAUAACUGCGUGUAAUUAGUUAUUAAAGUCAUUAAAUCCAACUUUAUUUGUAAUAUAAUACUUUUAAAAUAUUAAGUUAAAAGUGUUAAUAAAUACAACAUCAAAAGGUUGAGCGUUUUGGCCGAGUUUACGUUCCGCGAAUAAAAAUCAAUAAUAUGCAAUGUCGUUGCCUAGCUGCAAUUAGGUUGCACUUAAUGACCUAGAAUAGUUCACCUCUCAACUUUCAAUAAUGUAGAAUUGAGGCGGAGAGUGAUAGAAUUAUUAAGUUACCAAAAUGAUGGAUGGUAUGUUGUCUCAGAGGGUGACUCCUUUACUCAAAUGUGUGGUGCUGUUUAUGUUCAUCUUCACCGCUAAAGUCCUUACCUCAAGACCGCACGACUCUGAAGACGCCACGAAUAGCAUCCAUCAGCAGAAACCUUCUCACUAUGUGAGAACUUUCACUAAAUAUCACCACAGAAGAACUAGUCAAUUGAACAAUCUCGAUGACCCAUACUGGAUCUUAGCCCAGGACCAGCCCAAAGUUAUCGUGAAGAGGAGUGUCAAACAAAUAGGCAACGAGCUGUUGAGUACAUCGGACGACAUAAACCAAGUAGCCCCUGUGUCCGUUGGGGAUGAAGUCGUUGAUCAGAUGGACAAACCCAUGGAGGCAAAAGAUCAGCAAAAAAGCACUGAUUCAAGGAAGUACAAAGUGAAGGCGGCAGUGAUUGUGACAGACGCUCCGACUACUCCUGGCCCGACCAUAUCCUGUUUGUACAAAAUACACAGUGUGGCGUUAAGUGUCACUCCGUCUUAUCACGAUGGAAAUGCUCAGUUUACAGUCGAAAAUGAAAUAUUUGACAGAGGCGAUAUAACGGAGACAACACUUCCGAGCGGGGAAUUGGCUCAGGUGGAGAAGUGCACGGACCCUAAAGCAUUCUGCUACACCCUGUGGCACCAGGACAAUGAUGCAAACAUCACCGUCCUAGGACAGGGCUGCUGGCGCUCGUCCCAGGGCGGGCGAGCCUGUGACAAGUGUACUCGAGUCACGGCUCGACUGCCGCGGACCAGGUUCUGUUGCUGUACGAGGAGUCUGUGCAACGCUGACAUCACGACCCUCAAGGAGGAGUCAGUGACGAUCAAAGCCGAGUCAACUAUGAAGAGCACUCGCGGCGCGAACUACUCCAGCGUGCUGGCGUCCGCCGUGCUGGCGCUCGUGGCGGUCAUGCUGAUGGCCAUCGUGUUCAGGAAGAUGUACUGCAGCAGGCCGGGCCUGGACAAGGGAGACAUGAGCGACGGCCUGGACUUGGAGAAAGGUGAGGUGAUGGGCUCCGGGCCUGACGGACUCGCCACAGGCCUGCUGUGUGUGGACAACAUCACGCUCAUCGAACACAUCGGUCAGGGUAAGUUCGGGUCGGUGUGGCGCGGCGUGCUGGGCGCUCGGCCCGUGGCCGUGAAGCUGUACUGCAGCCCGGCCGCCUGGAGGAAGGAGGCCGCCAUAUACGCCAUGCCGCAUCUGGCGCACCCCAACAUCCUGAGGUACUAUGGCAGCGACAGUCGCUCGUCCCUGGUGGAGGCGGGCGGUCGCUCUCAGCUGGUGGUAUUAGAGCUGUGCUCGGAGUCGUUACGCGACCGUCUCGUGCGGGCUCCGGUCGACUGGACCGGGUUCGCCACCCUCGCCCACGGCCUGGCCAGCGCCCUGGCACACCUGCACACUACCACGUCCUCCAAGCCGUGUAUCGUGCACCGCGACGUGAACAGCGGGAACGUGCUGGUGAGUGUGGACGGCCGCGCCAGACUGGCGGACCUGGGCCUGGCUCAGGCGCUGCCCGUGACGCCCGACAGGACCUGCAGGCUCACGGAGGCCGGCACUCUCCGUUACUUGUCCCCGGAGGCGCUGGAGGGAGCGCUGGACCUGUCCGGGGCGAGGGCCGCGCUGUGUGCGGUGGACGUGUUCGCACUGGGCCUGGUGCUAUGGGAGAUGUUGUGGCGCUGUGAGGGAGCGCAGGCCCACGUGCCGCCCUACGCGCCGCCCUACCACCACCACGGCCUGCCCGCCAGACCCACGCUGGCACAGAUGCAGGCCCUGGUGUCCCGCGGCAAGGCUCGCCCUCCCCUCCCUCCGCCGUCGUCGUGCGGAGCCCGGGGGCUCCUCAGACCGCUGAGGCUGGCCUCCGCCACCUGCGACGAGUGCUGGGAUCAUGACGCAGAGGCGCGGCUGACGGCGGUGUGUGUGGAGGAGCGGAUGAUGGAGCUGAAGAGUAUACUGAACACCCUCACUGACCUGGACCGCGCCACCGCGCCCGGAGGCGGAGACCACGGAUCCACCGAACCGUCUCUCACUGAUGCUGAUAAGAAGUGCAACGCCAAUGUGGUCCAGGCCGGCGACUCCACCCCCCUCCUGUACCCUGACCCACACAUGGGAAGGAACGCGUGUAUAGAGCGGAACACUAACACACACACGCAGACACACACGGUGGAACUCAUACCCAAGACUCAUAGAGACGCCGACCACGAGCAGAGGAAUGUGCAGAACUGUCAGACGCUGGCGAGGACGCACGCGCAGGGGACCCGGCACAGAGACAACAUAGAGCGGCUGAAUGAGAUACGGUCCUAUCAGAGACCCUUGGAGUACGUCCAGAACGACGUGACGAGGCACGAGGAGGCGGAGGGCGCCUGGAAUAACGGGGGCGGGAAGGAAAAACAAAGGUGGGGAAUCAGGAGACUGUUUGAGAAGAAGGCCAAGGAUACCAGGGUCGGCCUGGAGACCAACGUCACGCAGAACGGAAAGGUCAAAACGUCGCUGGUGGAGAAGUUCACCAACUUGACCUUCGACCGACCUUCCAAUUUGGUACUGGACGACGAGAGAUCGCUGACCUUCGAACCAUGCACUCUCUCGCCGCCGAACAAGACGCUCAGUCCGACCAUGAUCAAGGAGUCCGAGCUCAACACGGACAAGGUGUUCAGGGAGCUGCCCUCCAGGGACGACGGCGACAGGAACCAGGUGUUCGCCGUUAUCGUGCCGAAAGUGAUACAGGAAACGAAACCACAGGGAGAGUCGGGCUCCGAGUCCGAAGACUCCACCCUCAAGACACGAGCGAGUGCUGAGAACAAGACGAUACACAGCGGACGAUCCUCCAGGAACAACAUCGAGCUGGAGCUGGACUUCAUAGAGAUGCCGCGGGACUUGCGGGACAGCCCCUACGAUCUCAACUCCGAGUGUUCCAGCGAGGACGAGCACCUGCUGCUGCUGGCGGAGACGGGCGGCUCCAGGAUCACCAUGAAGACCGUCUCCAGGAACGACGACCGACACACCAGCGACGUGCUGCGAGAGGCCUCGCAGACCAACACCGACCACCUCUACAACAAGCACAACAAGUACAGGACCUUCGACAACGAGCUCAGCGACCCCCACGACAAGGAGAACCACAGCUACACGCUCGACAACCCGCUCUACGUGGCCGCCGACAUCCGCGACGCAGAGGACACCGAGCCCGCCAACACGCUCGGCAUCAAGAGGCAGCACUCCCUGGAACAGGUGCGGGACAUAUUCAGCUCGGGAGACGCCACGCUGCUCAACCCCGCGGGGAGGGUGAAGACCCCGGGGGACCUGCCCGCCGCCGUGCGCAGGGCCCGGGCCCGGGAGCGCGGCGGGGGCGAGGCCUUGGCGAGGGGAGGCUCCCGGAACAGGCUCAGCCUGUACGACGACCGCAUGAUGUUCGGCAACACGCUGUAGGCGGCCGGCUCCUCGUGUCGCUGCGUUUCAUAUAACAUGAGCUUUAUUUAUUGACGCCCAGUCCGCGCCGGAGCGCCCGCCGCAGGGCGCCCCGCCCGCCCCGAUCGCCCCGCCCGCCGUGAGCCUGGUGACGGUUCUAGAGCGAUCGUUGUACCUCUGAGUCUAAGCAUGUUGAUUUACUUGUAACAUUCUUUAUUUUGUAUUGCAAUAUAUUUUUUUACGUUUGAUAUAUUUUUGUUCUGUUUCAUAUCUUUGUUGACGUUUCUUUCGGUCUGCUCUCUCGUCUUCUCGUCUCGUUCUGUAUGUUCUUCUCUCGAGUACCUGUAAGUGUGAUUCUCCUCGGAGUCGGUCUCCUGUUCCCUCACUGUUCCAGUCUCACCUCAUCUCACAUCGCGUCGCGUGUCCUGGAUCUGUGUCCUCGUUUGUCGUUUUUGUGAUAGUUCUUAAAGCCGCUAGUUUAUUCUAAGUUAGUUAUAUCGUCCUGUGUCGUAUGUUUCUCUCUGUGCGAGUGACGUCCGUCACAGAUUGUAUUUCCCGUGUCGUAUCUCCAGCGCCCUCUCAAUAGUCUGUGACUUCGAAGUGUUUUCCUUUAGUUUGUUUAUUGUUUAGUAUCCGUUAUGACCUGUGACCUUUCGUGUACAUAGUGUAGUUCCUCUACGGCCAUGUUUUAUUUGUUAAGUUAUUGAAUCGAACCUGUUUAGUUUAUUAUUAUUAUUAUUAUUUUUUGUAUUGCGAUAUAUUUGUCGCUGGUUUACAAUAAAGUCGGCGGAUGUCA